AUGGCGUCCGCAAAGUACCAGAAGCCUCCUCAGGCCCCUCCUCUCUUCACCGCUACCACCGAGUCCCUCGCCAAAGACACCAGACGCCUGCUGGACCAGUCCCGCCGCAUCCAAGACCAGAUCGUCAAGGACAUCACACCCGAGACGGCCAACUUCCACAAUGUCGUCCUGCCCAUGGCUCUCGACGACAACAAGAUGGCCAUCGAGUCACACAUCAUCGGUUUCUACUCCGCUGUCUCGACCGACUCGAAGCUAAGAGACGCCUCGAUCGAGGCCGAGAAAGAGAUGGAUGAGUUCGGUAUUGAGGCCAGCAUGCGUGAGGACAUCUUCAAGCUGGUCGAUGCCGCUCUCAAGAACUCAAAAAACCUGGAUCCUGAGAGUCAGCGCUUGCUCGAGAAGGAUUACAAGGGCUUCGUGCGCAUGGGCUUGAACGUGCCUGCUGGUCCCAAGCGUGACCGCUUCAAGGCCAUCAAGAAGCGUCUAUCUGAGCUCAGCAUCACCUUCCAGAAGAACUUGAACGAGGAGAAAGGCGGUCUGUGGUUCACUGAGCAGGAGUUGGAAGGUGUGCCGAAGGAUGUCCUGGAUGGCCUUAAGAAGGGAGACGGCGACAAUGCUGGCAAGGUCUGGCUCACAUUCAAGUACCCCGACCUCUUCCCGACCCUGAAGUACUGCAAGAACCCCGAUGUCCGCCGCAAGGUCUUCACCUCGAACGAGAACAAGUGCAACGAGAACGUUCCCCUCUUCAAGGAGGCCAUUGUGCUACGCGACGAGGCUGCCCGCAUUCUGGGCUACCCUGACCACGCCACUUUCCGCAUCGAGGACAAGAUGGCCAAGACUCCUUCUACCGUUGAUGACUUCCUCGGUGACCUUCGCACCCGUCUCUCACCUGGCGGUGUUGAGGAGAUCAAGAAGCUCAAGACUUUGAAGGAGAAGGAUUUCAAGGAUCGAGGUGUCACAGAGCAGAACGACGGCAACUACUACCUCUGGGACCACCGAUACUACGAUACUCUAAUGCUUGAGCAUGAGUACCAACUCGAGCAAGAAGCUAUUGCUGAGUACUUCCCCCUCGAGACUACUAUCCGAGGCAUGUUGCAGAUCUUCGAAGAGCUGUUUGGUCUCCAAUUUGUUGAAGUUACGGGCAAAGACCGCGACUCGCUCAGUCCUACCGGAAAGGGUGGUGACAUCAUCUGGCACCAAGACGUCCAAGUCUUCAGCGUCUGGGACGACGAGGGUGAAGGCAGUGGGUUCGUGGGCUACCUCUAUCUUGACUUGCAUCCUCGUGAUGGCAAAUACGGUCAUGCAGCCAACUUCAACCUGCAGCCCGGCUACAUUGACGAGGAUGGUAAGAGAAGAUACCCUGCCACUGCAUUGGUGUGCAACUUCUCGAAGCCUACUCCUAAGAAGCCCUCCCUUCUCAAGCACGACGAGGUUGUCACUCUAUUCCAUGAGCUUGGUCAUGGUAUCCACGAUCUUGUCUCCCGCACCACCUACUCUCGCUUCCACGGAACUUCCACCGCCCGCGACUUUGUCGAAGCCCCGUCACAAAUGCUCGAGAACUGGUGUUGGACUGCUUCUCAACUGCGCAGCCUGUCUCACCACUACAGCUACUUGUCAGACAGCUACAAGGCCGCCUUCUCAGAAUCAAGCAAGUCGGGCAAGCAGCCUCCAGAGACUAUGCCUGACAAUCUGAUUGACAGCAUCAUCCGCACCCGUCACGUCAACGAUGCUCUCUUCAACCUUCGUCAGCUCCACUUCGGUAUCUUCGAUAUGACUGUACAUGAAGGUAAAACUCACGAUGAGGUCAAGGAUCUCGAGGUGGGCAAGCUUUACAACUCCCUCCGCAAGGAGAUCUGUUCUCUGGAUGGGCCUGAGGCACUGGGCGAAGGACUUGACUGGGGCAACGGUCAAGCCACUUUCGGACACUUGAUCGGAGGCUACGAUGCUGGCUAUUACGGCUACCUCUCGUCCCAGGUCUAUUCGGCUGACAUGUUCUACACUGUCUUUAAGAAGGACCCUAUGAACGGCAAGGAAGGUAGACGUUACAGACACACUGUUCUCGAACGCGGUGGUGCUCAGGAUGAGAUGCAAACGCUUGAGGACUUCCUUGGCCGCAAACCGUCUACAGAAGCCUUCUACAAGGAGUUGGGCUUGAGCUAG